AUGGCAUCAGGAACCCACGCCGACGGAGAAAUUGGCCUGUCAUUGGCCUCGAGCCUCCAGGGCCGUGGUCAAGACCAAACUGACCUCUUUCAUCUCUGCGGGAAACUCUACCACAAACGAGGCCGCCCACCGGGAUCGCCAUCACCGACGGUGAGCUUCGAGUUGGGCCCGAAAGAAGCCAUCCAACUCAGCAGCGUGAGCGAGCUUGAUCUUGCACACGUGGGAUCUCAGUUCGGCAUUGCCAGGAGCGUGCCCACGCCGGGCAUCUGCUCGUGUGCGACGAGCCACAAAAGCAAAGCUUCAUGGAUGGCCGCCAAACUAUGA